AAGCAAAAUCCAUGGCCGCCGGAAUUUCAGCUUUGCUCGGCCAUCAAAGGGUGUGACCAUCAAUAAAUGACACGCGUCCCUAGACUGGCGUGUAUUUAUUGCACCUUGCCUGAUUCCAUGUCCAGGACGAGUUCACACAUUCACUACCGCAACACAGCCCCCAUCUUAAUACACUAUGGCCGACAAAGAGGAAAAAUCCGACCAAGAUAAAUCCAGCACCGAUGCGUCGAAUCGCGAACCUCCCAAAACAGGGCCCAAUCCCGGGUCACCUUCACCCGGCUCAGCCGCACAAAGGCUUCGACAGAACCUUGUCGCUGUGGAAAAGAGCUCUUCCCAGCUGAAGGGGAGAGGGGACUGGGUGUAUAAAGAGAACAAUGAUCUCAAGGCGCAAGUCAAGGAGCUCCUGGAGAAGAAUGCGGAACUGAACAGUGAAGUCCAAUCUCUGCGUGGGGACAUCGACUUUGCCACCACCGAGCUGGAAACUGUCAACAAGGCGUUGCUGGGCUUGAUGGAUCCUCCCCCGCUUGCAGAAUGAGAUUACGGCAUUGCUCGGUUUGGCAGUAUGGCAGCAUCAUGUAGCGAUAAAUUCUCUGUUGAAUAAUAGACUUUGAAUCCAAGAGGGAAUCAUCUCCACCGAACGAAAUGCCCCUACAACUACCUCGUUUCGAAUGUCUCACGGCAAAAACGCCUCAGCAGUAACUUUGCAAGACUUCAUUUCCCAGCAAUUAACUGUUGGAAAGAUAGAAUGCAGGAGUUCUGGGGCAUGGGGCAGGGUUGACGGUCUGCAGUUCAUCGAUAUAUUGUAACGCCAGGACCCAUUUGGGAAGCAAGGGAGUUAGAGCAGCCAGCUAUACUGGGACCAGAUACCAGAAUUAGCCGGCUGGACGAGGGCUGAUCGCGAAGCGUACGGGCAAUUCAACUCUGCAA